GACAAUAAUAUGUAUACGCAAACCAUAGUUUUUUAUGAUUGUUAGAACUGAAUCUACAGUAAAACCGUUGUUCUCCCGUGACGAUUUGCUCGGCGAACUAGUGAGGGUAUCUCACCGGUUAUGUAAGCGAGCGAUGCCCAUCAAUCAGUCCACCAGCCGAGCAAGCUCUCCAGAAACAUCCCAGAACGGGCCUACGACCACAACACCUCUAGCUCACCUCAACACUCAUAAACCCAGUGAUUUCAGCGCGGCAUUACGGGGGCUUUUGAAUGACAGGGAGGGCUCGCCGGCUUACGAUCUCUACACGCGGUGGAGGAGGGAGGCUAGAUCGGCUGGGUUCCUUGUACGGUUCGCUUGGGGACCAGAGGAGACUGUGAAGGGGCCGAGACGGUUGCAUUUACAUCGUUGGAGGGUUUCUGAAGAGUAGCUUCAGGCGAAUAUCGAGCACCUCGACACUGGAUUGCAUAUUCACCCGUCCAUCCUGCAGGUAGAACAAGGAGUUGGCAACGCACACGACCUCUUGCGACAUCACCAUCUAUACUCUCACCCAGGAUUCAUAGCGCCAUCUAUACUCUCACCCAGAUUCAUAGCGAACCCAUCCAGACGGCAAGAUGUCGAACCAGACGGUCGGAGCUGUUUACCAGCAGAUUAUCCGCGAUGUUGUUGAUAGUUCGAGGGUCGAUUUCGAGGAGGGUGGCGUUGACGAGAGUGUGCUCGACGAACUGAGUCGGGUAUGGCAACAAAAGUUGACGGCGCUGAACGUGGCCCAGUUUCCGUGGGACCCGAAGCCAGAGGUACCCCCUGCUCAGCAGCAACAGAACAUGGCGAAUAUCCCCUCCAGCAUGUCCUACCCCCAAGAGCCAACACCGGCUCCCAUGCAACAGCAGCAGCAUGCUCCACCCCAACAGGGGCAGUUCAUGAACCGUCCCGGCCCGCUGAUCCCAGCCCAAGCGCCGCAGUUCCCACAGAUGCCCCAGGUGCCUCAGAUGAACGCCGGUCCGCGCAUCAAGGCGGAGCCUGGUCUCGAGAGUGGCGGCAUGCCGCCCGUGUACACUGGGAUGGGGAAUGCGACGACGGCGCAGCAGCGCGCGGCGCUGAAUUUGCAGGCGAGCUAUGGGGCGAGGGCUGCGGCGAGUAUUAAUGCCAUUCAGGGGAUGCCGCAACAGGGUCAGCCGCAACAGCAGCAAGGGCAGCCUCCGCAGCAGCCUAGCCCGCAGCAGGCCCAACAGCAGGCUCAGCAGCAGCAACAGCAGAUGCACCAGGCUCAACAAAGACCACAAGCACCAUCAAUCCCGCGGCCUCAGAUGACGCCGUCGCAAUACCAGCAGGCACUAGCGCAGCAAGCAGCGCACCAGAAGCAGCAGCUGGAACAGCAGGCGAAAGCCAGACAGCAAGCUGCGGCUCAGCAGCAACAGCAACAGGGGCAGGGUGCUCCCAAUGGGGCGCAGCAUGCGCAGACUGAUGGUGGUGCUGACGACGAGGAUGAGGACCGUCAUCGCCACUUUGGCGUUAUUAAGCAAGUUGGUGGUGAUGGGUCGGAAAUCAACAUGGGGCGUGUUGAGCUGGAUGGGUUGAUCCGCCGACAGAUUGAGGCGAGGGGGAAGGCGAUGGAGGGGGGUGGAUUGAUGUUGCCGCUUAAACAGCAUAAGGGGUCUAGUGGUGGCCGACGCGAGAGGACGAAUGUGGAUGUGGGACAGACGGAUGGGGGUGACGAUGACGAUGAUGAUGAUGACAAGGUGCUGAAGGCUGAGGAUGACGACGAGGACGCCAUCAACUCUGACCUGGAUGAUCCGGAUGACCCCAAGAGCGACGACAGUGGCGAUGAUGAGACGCCGCAGGUCAUGCUGUGCAUGUAUGACAAGGUGCAACGGGUCAAGAAUAAGUGGAAGUGCGUUAUGAAGGACGGUGUCUUGACCAUUAAUGGCAAGGACUACGUCUUUCACAAGGCGUCGGGGGAGUACGAGUGGUAACUCCCAUCGCUCGAUCUCUCUCACCGAUUCUCGAUUUUCGGUUCGGUUUGGUUGGUUGGUUGGUUGGUUGG